GUAAGUUUUACUGUGGAGGGUUGCCUCAUGAAUGAAAAGUAAAUAUGACUAAGAGGGUUGGCUACAAACUGGGCACUUUGCCAGUGACAUACUUAGGGAUCCCACUUAUUCCUGGUAAACUCUCAGCUAAAGCAUGUCGGUUAUUAAUUGAUAGAAUUAUAUGAAGAAUAUAGAGUUGAGGAUCAAAGUUUUUAGCUGUGCAGGUAAACUGCAGCUAGUCAUGUUAGUCCUAUACAUCUUGGCUUAAUUAUGGAUGGGAAUUUUUAUCAUGCCAAAGAAUGUGAUCAAGGAGAUAGAGAAGCUUUGUAGUGACUUCUUGUAGGGAGUAGGAGCUAAAUGAAAUAGAUAGCAGUGGUAGCUUAGAGUAAAAUCUGUUAACCUACAAAAUAAGGGGUAUAGGACUUCGUGAUCUUUAUACCGCGAAUUAAGCUUGUGUUGUGAGGCACAUUUGGGACUUACUGAUCAAGCAAGGCUCUUCGAGGGAUCUCAUUCUUUUGGUGGACGAGGCUAUGUCCAGGUGAUCCCAUGAGGUUGAGGUUUGAAUUUCGCAGGAUAAGCCACGUUCAUUGUUGGUGGUGGCCACGACUUUGAAUUGUGGUAUAUCUUAUACUUUAUUAGUGGAGUUGCUUGCGCUUCACGAUGCGAUGUUGUCAAGCGAGAAAUCUCAUGUCAAUGACCUUUUGUGGAAGAUGCCAAGUUGGUCUUAGACAAGGUCAAAGUAGGCCAAGCCUUUGACGCACGGGGUGGUGCGAUAUCGGAGGAUAUUCUGGAGUUGGUUAAUGAGUUUGAACAAUUUGAAGUUCAAUUUGUGGGUCGUCGUUGUAAAAGGGUUGCUCAUUUGGUGGCAAAAAAAUCUUUUUUUUUUUGUUCCCUUCCUUUGUUGGGUUCGAUUUUACGUCUUGAUUGUUUUUGUCAUGUGAGUUUCAUGUGUCUGGCUGUUUGCUGUUUUCAUGGUAAUACGAGUGAUUUUUUUUGUGUGUGUGGGGGUGGGAGGGGGGGGGGGGGGGGGGACAGAUGCAUCAUAUUACCUGGUUGUUAUGGUAUAUAGGGCGACACCUUGCAUCUAGGAGUGUGCAACAGUUUGGUCCAUAUUGAACCGCACUAGACCAAACUACAUUUUGACCAUACCGAAUUGAUAUAAUGUAAUCUCGUAGUCCCAUAAAUAUUAUAAAUAUUGAAAAAAGAUCGAACUGAUAUUUGAACCAGAUCAAAUACGAUAAAAUACACUAUUAGCCCAAUUCUUAAUUCAAAAAUAUUUUUCACAAUUAAAUCGCAACUUUCAUGAACCGGUCCAAACCGUUGCACACUCAUACCGCAUCCCAAUUUAUCUUCUCGUUCCCCAACUAAAAAAACGGCGUUCAGCUAAGUAACUCGAGAAGGGACGAGAGGGCGUCUAGUAAACUCAAGUCUAAAAGGAGUGGAGUGGAUACAAACGCCCCAAUCCCCAAUCAGAUAACAAACCCAAUCCCCUCCCAAAACUCUCUGUAUUUCCUUUCUUCUCUGCUCCGCCUCCGCCAUGGCAAUCUCCGCCUCCGCCACAGCUUCCUCUUCCUCGAGGCUAGCUGCCGUCUACUCACCAGCCGCCGCUUCCCCCUCCUCUCCGGCCGCUACUUUCAACUUCGCCUCGAAACCUACCAAAUUGACCCUCCUCUCUUCCUCCUUCAUCUCCCCUUUCCUCCCCACCACCACCACCACCACCUCCCUCCCCCGCCACCGCGGCGGAGCCUCCUUCACAGUCCGAGCAGCUAGGGGAAAGUUCGAGCGGAAGAAGCCCCACCUCAACAUCGGCACAAUCGGCCAUGUCGACCACGGCAAGACAACCCUCACCGCCGCCCUAACCAUGGCCCUCGCCUCCAUGGGCAACAGCGCGCCCAAGAAGUACGACGAGAUCGACGCCGCCCCCGAGGAGAGAGCCCGCGGCAUCACCAUCAACACCGCCACCGUCGAGUACGAGACCGAGAACCGCCACUACGCCCACGUCGACUGCCCCGGCCACGCGGAUUACGUCAAGAACAUGAUCACCGGCGCUGCGCAGAUGGACGGGGCUAUCCUCGUCUGCUCCGGCGCAGACGGGCCCAUGCCCCAGACCAAGGAGCACAUCUUGCUCGCCAAGCAGGUCGGCGUUCCCAACAUGGUGGUGUUCUUGAACAAGCAGGACCAGGUGGAUGACGAGGAGCUGCUGCAAUUGGUCGAAUUGGAGGUUCGUGAGCUGUUGUCUUCUUAUGAAUUUCCUGGUGAUGAUAUCCCAAUUAUCUCUGGUUCUGCCCUUUUGGCAUUGGAAGCUUUGAUGGCCAAUCCAGCCAUUAAACGAGGGGACAACGAAUGGGUUGAUAAAAUCUAUCAGCUGAUGGAUUCUGUGGACGAGUACAUUCCAAUCCCACAGCGGCAGACUGAAUUGCCAUUCUUGCUUGCUGUGGAAGAUGUGUUCUCCAUCACAGGUCGUGGCACUGUGGCCACUGGCAGGGUUGAAAGAGGAACGGUCAAGGUUGGCGAGACUGUUGACCUUGUGGGUUUGAAAGAUACUAGGAAUUUCACUGUUACUGGAGUUGAGAUGUUCCAGAAGAUUUUGGAUGAGGCCCUGGCUGGGGAUAAUGUAGGGUUGUUGCUUAGAGGUGUGCAGAAGGCUGAUAUUCAGAGAGGGAUGGUGUUGGCUAAACCAGGCUCCAUUACUCCCCACACUAAAUUUGAGGCCAUUGUCUAUGUCUUGAAAAAGGAAGAAGGAGGGAGGCAUUCCCCGUUUUUUGCAGGUUACAGGCCGCAGUUUUACAUGAGAACCACUGAUGUCACCGGGAAGGUUUCGUCGAUUAUGAACGAUAAGGAUGAGGAGUCGAAGAUGGUUAUGCCCGGCGAUCGAGUGAAGUUGGUGGUGGAGCUCAUUAUGCCCGUUGCUUGUGAACAAGGGAUGAGGUUUGCUAUCAGAGAAGGAGGGAAGACCGUUGGAGCUGGUGUUAUCCAGAAAAUCCUUGAGUAAGAUUAGUUUUGGAAGAGGACCGAAAUGGAUUCGAUUCGAUUCUUCUCUGAGGAAUUCGAUCUCCUUCCUCUAUGUCCUCUACUGUAUGCAAGUCAGUUUGAUCAUUUUCGGGAACAACUUUUGAGAACACUGAAUGCCAUGCCAUAUACUUUUUUUUGCAGCUUUGUUCUUCUUUUGCACCUUUCCCAUGAUGCUUAGUUUAGAUGGAAAUUCUUGCAAUGAUUCAAAUGUGACUUGUCAAUGUCGGAUUAUGCCUCUUUCUCUGGAUAUUUGUUUGACUGUCGUUUUGGUUUAACACCUGCAGACCUUUGUGACCCUUUCAGUUGCUUAGCAUAACCAAUUUUAGAUUGCCUGAUAAGCAAUUUAGAAGUCCACAGUGUUGGAUGUUAAGUCAGAAUGAUUUAUUUCUUGUCUAGGAGGAGAUUAAGCAGACCAUUUCAUUGUGAUGGUGCUCUAGCCUUGGAUCAUGUUGUCUGCAGAUGUCCUUGUGAUACUUAUCUCGCGUUUUUUCGCUCCAUCCCCGAUGGAUCUUUACCUUAUUGUUCCGGGUUCAUGGUUCGAGAUUGUGUUUGACGGCUCAACCAUUUAGUUUGGGUUAUCCUAUAGAUGAUGAUCAGGUCAGACACAAAAAUAUGUCGUCAGCCUUCAUGUAGCUGAUUCUUGUUAGGCUUACCAUUUGAUGUUCUGAUCUCUGAGACUUUGACUGGUCUGUUGAGACUUGCGACUCAUUUGGGCUUUAGAAUGGUGAACAAUGUUCAACAAUGGAGGACCUUCAUACCAUUGCAAGGACUUUCAUUUCAACACAUUAGAGUAACACUAAUCACUUGUAUAUGCUCAAUCCUAGACAGUGGCGGGCUUUGCUAUGGAUUUAUUUCGAAUUUCGAAGAGUCAGGGUCAUUGAUCAUUCUUCUUAGUGUAUUAUUCGGUCUUUCUAAUACAAGGACUAGACAAAAUAUUUAAAAUGAUAGAUUGGUGCAUAUUGCAUAAUAGAACCAACUGAAUAUCUUGGUUAAAAAAUCUUAGACACAAGAUAUUACACUAAGGGGUUGUUUGGAAGUUGCCGAUUGUUUUGUUGAGAUUGUCAUUAUGCAUGUAUUGUUUACAAUGCAUCGUUUUUUUUUUGCUUUUUUAGCAGAAACAAUACAUGGAUUGUUUCUAUGAUGUGACAGAAACUAUAACUCAUUUUGAGUGAUUGUUAUAUCUCUGUUUUUAGCUGAUGCUACAUACACAAUCACAUAUACCAAACGUUGUAUUCUACAAUGCAUCAAAUUCGACAAUACAUGUAUAAUAUUAUACAUGCAUUCUCAACAAAACAUCUAUUUAACAAUCGCAACUUCCAAAGGACCCCUAAGAGGGUUGUUUGGAAGUUGUGAUUGUUAAAUGAAUGUAUUGUUGUGAAUACAUGUAUAAUAUUAUACAUGUAUUGUUUAAUUUGAUGCAUUGUAGAAUACAACGUUUGGUAUGUCUGAUUGUUUAUGUCACAUCAUCUAAAAGCUGAGACAAAACAAUCUCAACUCAACUAUCUCAACAAUUACAACGAAAAGUUGAGAUAUAACAAUCACUCAUUUUGAGUGAUAGUUUCUGUCACAUCACAGAAACAAUCCAUGCAUUGUUUCUGAUAAAAAAACGAUGCAUUCUAAACAAUACAUGUAUAGUAACAAUCUCAACAAAAUCGCAACCUCCAUUGAGGUUUGAGGACAUGAGUCAAAAUUAGGAUAUUGAACUAUUAUUAGUUGGUAUGUUAAAUGUUGGGUACUUGCAAUACAAUUUUAUGAUAAGU